CAUCCCACUGCAUUCAUGAUGAUCUCUGCAGAUUUCAACCACGUCUCUGUUUCCGCUACAUUUUCAACUUUGCAACCGUUGUUCGUGAACCGUUUGAAGUCCAUGGAUGGUUUUGGUCUCUUUUGAAAGGACAGACUGAGCCCAUUGUUGGAUAAGUGGGGGUGCAACCAUGUUGAAGCGGCGUAUACUGAAAGUUAGGAAUGCUCUGGUGCGAGAGUGUAUGGCUGAGCUCUUGGGAACGUUCAUCUUGCUGCUCUUUGGCUGCUCUGCUGCAGCGCAGGUAAAAACCAGCAAAGAAACCAAAGGCCAGUACUUGUCCGUCAACAUGGCCUUCUCUGUGGGCGUGAUGUCGGCCAUGUACCUCACCAAGGGCAUUACAGGUGCCCACCUGAAUCCAGCGGUGACUUUGAGUUUCUGUGUUUUGGGGCAGGUGAGAUGGAGCAGACUGGUGCCCUACUGCCUCUCUCAGGUUCUGGGGGCUUAUUUGGCAUCAGGGCUCGUCUACUUGGUCUACUAUGAUGCUAUAAUGCAUUUUAGUGGAGGAGAGUUGACUGUUUAUGGCCCAAAUGAGACAGCAUCUAUAUUUGCGACGUAUCCUGCACCAUAUAUUUCUUUGACCAGGAGUUUCCUCGAUCAAGUAGUGGGCACUGGCAUGCUGAUGCUGUGUAUCCUGUGCUUGGAUGAAAAGAGGAACACCCCUGCUCCCUCCGAGUUGAUCCCUGCUAUAGUUGCGGUUAUCGUCCUCGGGAUCUCCAUGUCCAUGUCAGCCAACUGUGGCGCUGCAAUAAAUCCUGCUCGUGACCUGGGCCCACGCCUCUUUACACUCACAGCAGGCUGGGGCACUGAAGUAUUCACGUGUUUCAAUUACUGGUUUUGGGUGCCGCUGGUGGCUCCACUUCUUGGAGGCAUUUUGGGGUCUUUCAUGUACUUGAUCUUCAUCCAUUGGCAACUACCUGACCCAGAGCCUUCUGGGAACCAGCUCACAUCCUCCAAUAUUGCUGAAAACAUCAAGGGAGAGGGCUUCAAGUGGGAAAAAGCUGAGGAGUUGAAGACAACACAUCUCUAACUGUAAUGAAAUUGUGUCUGAUAAGAACAUGCUGCAUUUAACACAGACAACGAAAAAGCUUUAAUCUGGUUGGUUGAUAGUAUUUCAGCUGUUAAGGUACAUUCACAUCUCAUGAUUUUCAAUUUUUUUUUUCUUUAAGGAGUCAAUUCUUUUCAGGAACUGCUCCAAAUUCAUGAUUAAUUUAUAGCAGCUUCUGCAGUUCAUAGAAAAAAAUGUUGCUUGUAAAUUUACAUCUCUUACAUGUAACUUCUAACCAGUAAUGGUAUCAGUUAACAAAACUAGUGGAUAACUGAACUGUCAACAAGGAACAUCAGUUUCUGGAUGACUGAACCACCAACUCUUCAUAUUUGUAAACUCUGGCUCUGUCCUGAGAAAUUGAGCAGCUUAAGAUAAAAAAAAAAGGUAAAAUCAAUAGUUAAAAGUAUGAUCAAGUUUUGGAAACUGCAGAUUUAGAGCUUUACUCAGAGGGAGCUGAAAAUAGGUGAGUCUUCAACCUGGACUGUGUAUCAGCUGAUCUGAGGCGUUCUGGGAGUUUGUUCCAGACAUGACGAACAUAGAAGCUGAAUGCAGAUCCUCCAUGUUCUAUGUUCAUGUUCAUGUUCUUCUCCAUGCUCUGGUUCUGAGUCUGGGAACUGAUAAGAUACUGGAUCCAGACAACCUGGGGGGACUGGAAGGUUCAUACCGGGUCAGGAGGUCACUGAUGUAUUUUGGUCCUAAACCAUUCAGGUUUUUUUUUGUUUUUUUUAGUUUAGUUUAUUUUGCACAUAAAACAUAACAGCAAAAAAACAAAGGUCAAAUGAAGCAUUGUGCAGGAGAGGUGGAAGCCAAAAAGGCUUAUGAAAAUGCCUCCCCUUUAUAAAACAAAUAUAAACAACAAUAACAACAGCAAAAGCAAAAACACAAUAUAGAAAUAGAUAAUAUAAGACAGAAAAAGACAAUUUAACACGAAAAAGAAAAACACUACUGAAUUAUUGAAAGAUGGAAAAAAAUGAAGGAAAUGCAGUAUAAUUGCAUGAAAAAAAGUACAAUUCAAAAACUCCAGAUGUGUUUCUGAUCUUAACUAAAAAAUGAUUUUUUCAAGUGUUUUUUGAACAAAGCCAGUGAAGAUAUUGAUUUUAGUGAUGUAGGUAAAUUGUUCCAUAGCGACGGUCCUCUGUAUUUUAAAGUGCGUUGAUUGUGUGAAGUCCGGCAUAAAGGAAGGUGAAAGUUCUUUGAGUGUCGUGUCUGAUAUGAAUGGAUGUCUGAGGAAAACUUAAAAAAAUUCUGGAAGCUGAGUGGCAGGUCAUGAGAUGAAUAUACAAACGUAUACAUAAACACACAGGUUUGAUAGGUAUUCACAUUGAAGACAGAUAACAAAUUAUAUUUUCUAAAAAGAAAAUUGGAAGAUUCUGUUUUUUUGGCAAAAGUAACCAUUCUCAAAAAUGUCUUUUGGGCUAUCAGGAUCUUAUUGAGAAAGGUAGGACGUGUAGCUGCCCAUACAGAAUUACAAUACACAAUAUAUGGAUAAAUUAAAUCAUAAUAACAAGUUUCAUCACCACCCCUCCUAAUGGGGAGGAGCUAACUCAGAGCUUUAUAGACCAGCAUCAGAGCUUUAAAGUCUAUCGUCUGACGGACAGGCAGCCAGUGUUAAGACCUCAGAGCAGGACUGAUGUGGUCCACUUUUUUGGUCUUAGUGAGGACUCGAGCGGCAGAGUUCUGAAUGACGUUAGGUAGACCUGUAAAGAUGCUGUUACAAUAAUCAAGCUACUAAAGAUGAAUGCAGGCCCUGCAGAGACGUCAGGUCUUUAAAAUGUAGGUCUGGGUCCACCACUACUCCCAGAUUCCUGGCCUGGUUGGUAGGCUUAACUGGCUUCACUUCUAAGUCACCUUACAUUCACAUAUUGAACUAAUUAACAGAAAUCAACACAAUAUUGUACCUCAUUGGCUGCAUUAACUCCAAGGGAAUAAAGAUGAUUUUCUCCA